AUGGUGGAUAUGGGGUUCAGAGGUAACACGUUCACAUGGAGAAGAGGGAAGGACACACGAAAUUUUGUGGCUAAGCGUUUGGAUAGGGUGUUGGGUAAUGCUCAAACGAGGGUGAGAUGGCAGGAGGCGGUGGUCUCUCAUCUUCCUUUCUUAGCAUCUGAUCACGCACCAAUCUAUGUGCAACUUGCGCCGGAACAAAGAGGUAACCCAGGGAGAAGGCCAUUUAGAUUUGAAGCGGCAUGGCUUAAACAUGAAGGGUUCAAAGAGUUAUUACUUGCCUCCUGGAAUGGGGAGAUGCAUACUCCGGAGGCACUGGCUCUCUUGAAAGUAAAACUCAAAAAAUGGAACAGAGAGGUAUUUGGGGACGUGAAUAGGAGAAAAGAUAGAAUACUUGGGGAGAACCCGAAUGACGAUCUACUAGUGAAGGAAGCGGCUCUACUAAAGGACUUGGAGGUGGUUCUGGAACAGGAAGAAGUUCUUUGGUAUCAGAAAUCGCGUGAUAAAUGGAUAUCCUUUGGGGACAAGAACACAAAGUAUUACCAUACGAGUACGAUAGUGCGUCGAAAGAGGAACAGGAUUGAGAUGUUAAAAGAUGAGAAUGGACGUUGGAUAGACCAGCCAGAAGAGUUGGAGAAGCUAGCUAUUACCUAUUAUAAAAGACUGUACUCUACGGAUGAUAUCAAUCUUCAUACGGAUAGGCUACCGCAGCAAGGUUUCACUGAGUUCACUCGAGAGGAAAUGGAGCUGUUGAAUAAGCCGUUCUCGGCACUGGAUGUAGAGGAGUAA